AAUGGUGAUUCCUCCAAAACCCUCUCUGUUUCACCUGAAAUUUCUGACAGGAGAGAAACCACUUCUGACGCUUGAUGAUGAGUUCUUACGUAAUCACACGAAAGUUUUGCUAAUAUCAGACGCGUCGGACAAAAUUUGGGAAGUGAAACUGGAUGGCAACAGGCUCGCCGGCGGCUGGGAAGAGUUCGCCGCCGUUAAUAAUUUCAGUGACGGAAACGUCUUGGUUUUUAGACACAAUGGAGACGAGAUCUUUCAUGUAGCUGUUUCCAGUGACAUACAACACGCAUCUCCUAGCUUCACUGAUACUGACGACACUGAAGUUGAUGAUGAAGCUGAUGGAGAAGACGAAGAUACUGAUGAUGAUGCAUGGGACGUUUUGGUGAGAAAGAAUAAGAAACCAGAAGCAGAUUCAUGUUUCCUCAGAGCUCGUGUCACACGUUAUAACCUCAUCAAAGAUCGCUUGGAUCUUUCUAGAGAUUUUAAGUUUUUGUCGUUUAAUAAGCACAAUAAACCGUGUGAGAUAUAUUUAGCUAAUGAGAAAGGAAGAAAAUGGACACUGAGGCUUUCAAGAAACAUCUCAAGUGGUGCGUUUUACAUCACAAGAGGCUGGUCUAACUUUUGCUCAGCUAAUGGGUUAAUCCGAGGUGACUUCUGUUACUUCAAACUUUCCAAAAGUGGGGAAAGGCCUGUGCUUUUGUUGUGUUCACACGAGUCUGGCAAUGGCCUUGAAGACAAAGAAGAAAAGCGCCCUGAAGCAGAUCCAGUUAAGGUGUGUUCCGUAGGAGGCUGCACCAAAGAGAAGAAUACUCCUCGAAUUCUGACGCUAAAGUAUACACCAAGCCGUUUCAAGACCGGGCAACUAUAUAUUUCACCGAGUUUCUUGCUUGAGAGUGGCAUUAGGAAGUCUAGGGAGAUAACUCUGCUGAACAAAGAUGGAAGAAAGUGGCCAUCUUAUCUUCAGAUGACAGGAAAAUCCAGAAGUGAAUGGUUUUAUAUGAGAAAAGGUUGGAGAGAGAUGUGCAAAGCUAAUGGAGUUGAAGUGAAUGACUCAUUCAUGUUGGAGUUGAUAUGUGAAGAUGUAACCCCUAUAUUUAAGUUCCACUCUAAGAUUGAAAACAAGGGAGCUUGUGAGAGUGUGGAAAAGACUCAAGGAGUAGAAAUAGAUGGACAGAGAGGAAGCAAGAGAGGACACACUAGGGUUUCAAACAGAUCCAACACUAACUCAAGAAAAUUUCAGCGCACGCUACCAGAAUCUUGCUCAGUCUCUGAUCUAGUGGCUAACGUGAAACAAAGAAUUCAAGAUACUCUGAACACCUUAAGACAUUUCCGCGCAGAGAUCGAGACAAAGGAGAAGAAUCUGGAAGCUUCACUACUACAAGUUGACGCCUUAGGGGAGAGGAUAUUGGGAAUCAGCAAAAUUCUCAACAGUAAUCUGGUUUGAAGUAAAAUGAAAUAGCAGGAAAAAAGGAUCAAAAGACUGUCUGCAUGCACUUUUUGUAUCAUGGUUU